AGUCCAGGCCAUCACCGUCCAGAGCAGGGAGGUUGUCGCCCCAGCGGAGCUUACGACCCGAGGAGCCACCUCUUGCCAACGAUGACUCCGCCAGAACAGGGGACAGGUGAGACGGCGUCCGGCCGUCGUCGCCGUCUGCUGACUCGCGUCGUCGAGGCGGUCCGAGAGAUGCGCAGCUCGCGCGGAUGCUCCGCCAAGCAGAUCCUCGACCGCCUCAACAGCGAGUCCCCGGAGAAGGAUGAAGUGGAUAAGGCCCGGCUAUUGAUGGCCCUGAAGAGAGGCAUCAAGACGGGCACCCUGGUUUGCCGAGCCGGGCGCUACCGGCUGAAGGCAGACGAGCUGGCCUGCAGGAGGCGACGCAGGAGCUGUCGCAGGCGUCGCCGCAGCUGCCGGAGACGACGCCGCCGCAGCUGUCGCAGGCGUCGCCGCAGCUGCCGGAGGCGACGCCGUCGCAGCUGUCGCAGGCGCCGCCGCAGCUGCAGGCGCAGGAGGCGCAGGUCGUGCAGGCGCCGCCGCCGUCGCCGUCCCAUCUGCUGCCCGCCCUGCUGCCCUCCCAGGAGGAGGAGGCGCAGCAGGAGGCGGCGGCGCUGCGCCAGUGAAGACGACUGGUCGGAGGCGGCGUCGCUGGCGAGCAAGACGGCGGUCGGCGGCGCGGCGAAAGCCGGGGGCGGCCAGGACGCCGGCGGGCUGGUGCAGAAGGCGCAGGCGGACUAGCCGCGGACCCUGGCAGUCGCAGUUCACCACCCACUCACUGCGUGUUCAAAUUCGUCCAGCUCAAUAAACCUUUCAACCCGAUAA